AUGGCUUCUGAUGCAAUUCACCUUGUGGUAUCAAGGUUGUCUGACACCCACAAAGCUGUCAGCGAUCACUUAAAAAAAGUUGAUCCACUGUGGCUGGUUAUUGGAGCAGUGGGAGGAACUGUCGUCUAUUUGAAGAUCAGCCGUCUUUACAGACGAAGUGAGGAACCUCUAGUAAAACGACUAGCAGCCUACGCUUUUUCUCAAUUUCGUCGCCUACCGACAGUUAGGGCACGAAUCGAGAAGGAAUUAGCAGGAGCCAAGAAAGAAAUUCUGGAGACUAUACACAAAGACGACACUGAUAGAAUCUUCUUAUCCGAGAUACCGGCUAAUGGCUUGUCCACGGAUGCAGUGGUUAAUCUAGCUGAUAGAUACGAUUCUUAUGGCAAAUUCGAUAUUGCUGAGGGCGAGUUUCGGAUUUAUGCCAAAUAUGCUUACUCUAAUCCUCUUCACCCGGAUAUUUUUCCUGGAGCACGGAAAAUGGAAGCGGAAACCAUCCGCAUGGUUCUCAAUCUGUAUAACGCACCAUCUGAGAGCUCUGGUAGUCUAACAACUGGUGGUACAGAGUCCAUCAUCAUGGCCUGCAUAGCCUACAGAAACAGAGCUAUGCAAAUGGGAGUGGAGAGCCCUGUGAUCGUUUGUUCUGUAACUGCCCACGCUGCUUUCGAUAAGGCUGCCUUCAUAUGUGGUAUGCGCAUUCGUCAUAUUCCAGUGGAUGAAAACAAUCGAGUCAAUUUGAGCAAAAUGGAAAACGCAAUAGAUUCCGACCUGGGAAAGAAGUACAACAUUCCGGUUCACGUCGAUGCGUGUCUGGGAGGAUUUCUUAUCCCAUUCAUGGAUGAGUGCGGUUUUGACAUCCCAGUUUUUGAUUUCCGCAAUGAAGUAUGGUUGUACACCAAAGGGCAGCUCUAUAGUAAUGUAUCGAUCAAAGGAGUUGCUUCAUUACCAGUACUUCUCUGUUCCAGAAUGGACUGGUGGUAUUUAUGCCACCCGACCAUCUGUGGAAGUCGAGCGGGUGCUAAUUCGGCUGCAGCUUGGGCCACUCUUUUGUCGUUCGGAAAGAAGGAGUAUCGCAGAAGAUGUCAUGAGAUUGUCUCUCACACGAGGAAAAUAGCUGCAGGCCUGCAUGGUUCUCCUGACGUGUCCGUUGUUGCAUUUAAAAGUUCUGUAUUCAACAUCUAUGCAGUGAGUGACAAAAUGAAUAAACGAGGGUGGAACCUAAAUACGUUGCAGAAUCCGAACGCCAUUCAUAUCUGUCUCACCUAUAAUCACGCCAGCCAAGAAGUGGUGGAUGCUUUCUUGAGAGAUCUCAAAGAAGUAGCUGAUGAAGUAAGCAGAAGUAGUGACAAAGGGAACAAAAGUAGUACGGCUGCUCUCUACGGUAUGGCUGCUCAAAUUCCCGACAAGUCCUUGGUAGAUGAAAUGACGUACGAGUUCCUGGACGCGUGCUACGCAAAACCACCUCUCCAUUGA